AUCAAAAGUCAACGAUUGAACUUUGAGUUUUAAAGUAUCUUGUACAAUCUAUAAAGCAAGGAGUUGCAGAGAUUAUCCAAGAAAGCAUGACUGCAACUCUCAUCCUCAAUCUCGUUAAGAAUUAAAUAUUUCAGAAAUUUGAUAAUGUUUAAAUUGUUUUGUCAAAUUAAAAAUAAUCCAUUAGGAGCGAUUCUAGGAGGAGUAAUCCCUGUAACAAAGACAGUGAUCGCUUGUCCUCUCUAUUGCUUACAAGUAGAGUACAUGACUUGUCCUUCCUCCGGGGACGACAAGCUUCCACCGAGAUGCAAUUGUUGUCUUGCUCCCAAGAACUGUACUCUCCAUCUCUCUGAUUCUACUUCUAUCCAUUGUAACAAAUGACCAAUAUAAAUCUAGUAAGAACCUGAUGGAA